AUGGAUAGCUCUAUGGGAAUUGUCGAUGAUGGUGAUGAUGAUGAUGUUGUGAUGACGCCAAGAUCAAGCUCACACAAAGCAUGCCGGGCGUGA